AUGCCCUUCCCAUUUCCUCCCAUUGCUCGGCCUGCGGGCAACUGGAAAGACAUCUUCGACAACCAAGCUAUCGACAUGUCUAUCUCUCACAACAUGUUCAUUCGCGGCGUAAACAGCAUCUACGCUCAGGCAGAGGGCAUAACAGAGGCCCAAGUCAAGCCCUUCGUCUUUUACUGCAUUGCUUUUCUCGGAAUGCUCCACCAUCAUCAUCAUAUUGAGGAAACGUUAUUGUUCCCGUUCUAUGAGUCGAAGCUGGGCGAAAACACAAUGGGCCACAACGUCGAGCAACAUGCCGCUUUCAUGAGCGGCCUGGAAGACCUCGAGACAUACCUCAACGCCGUACAAGACGGAACUGAGAAAUAUAGUGGCGCCACCAUCAUCGAGAAGCUGAACAGCUUCACCGACAUCCUCGUUGAGCAUCUCCGCGAUGAAAUCCCUACGCUGGAGUCAUCAAAGAUGCGGGCGGCGUUUACGGAGAAGGACUUGCAUGACCUCGAGGCCAACAUCGGCAAGCGCAUCAUGGCGGAGGUAUCUCUCAUCACGACCCUCCCGCUUGGCCUCAUUUGCCACGACAAAUCGACCGCUGAUUACUUCCCUCCCCUGCCCAAGCCGCUGAUGUGGGUUGUCAAGUACGGGCUCUAUAAACUCCACAGCGACGCCUGGGCUUUUGGCCCGUGUGAUGUCAAUGGCGUUGUCAAGCCCGGCCUCGGGAACGAUCUUCCUGUUCCCAUGGCCGCUGUGGCCUAA